UUUUAAUAAGAUUAUAAUCUUACAGGUCAACCUAUAAAUCCUUGGUCAAGAAUUUAUCCAGAAGAAAUGAUCCAAACUGGAAUAUCAGCAAUAGAUGUAAUGAACAGUAUAGCAAGAGGGCAAAAAAUUCCUAUCUUUUCUGCUGCAGGUUUGCCUCAUAAUGAGAUAGCAGCACAAAUUUGUAGACAGGGUGGUUUGGUCAAGCUUCCAGGAAAAAGUAUUUUAGAUGAUCAUCAUGACAAUUUUGCCAUUGUAUUUGCUGCUAUGGGUGUUAAUAUGGAAACAGCAAGAUUUUUUAAACAGGACUUUGAAGAAAAUGGUUCUAUGGAAAAUGUUUGCUUAUUUUUGAAUUUAGCCAAUGAUCCUACUAUUGAACGUAUUAUUACGCCACGUCUUGCUCUUACAACUGCUGAAUUUCUUGCUUACCAGUGUGAGAAACAUGUAUUAGUUAUUUUAACUGAUAUGUCAUCUUAUGCUGAAGCUUUGAGAGAGGUAUCUGCAGCAAGAGAGGAAGUACCAGGUCGUAGAGGUUUUCCAGGUUAUAUGUAUACAGAUUUAGCUACUAUAUAUGAACGAGCAGGUAGAGUAGAAGGAAGAAAUGGUUCCAUUACUCAAAUUCCAAUUUUAACUAUGCCAAAUGAUGAUAUCACACAUCCUAUUCCUGAUCUUACUGGUUAUAUUACAGAAGGUCAGAUCUAUGUUGAUAGACAGUUACAUAAUCGUCAGAUUUAUCCACCCAUUAAUGUGCUACCUUCUCUAUCUCGACUUAUGAAAUCUGCCAUUGGUACUGACAUGACAAGAAAAGAUCAUCCAGAUGUUUCAAAUCAAUUGUAUGCUUGUUAUGCAAUUGGCAAAGAUGUUCAAGCUAUGAAAGCUGUAAUUGGAGAAGAAGCUUUGCAUUCAGAUGAUUUACUAUAUUUAGAAUUUUUGUCAAAAUUUGAGAAAACUUUCAUUUCUCAAGGUCAUUAUGAAAAUCGUACUGUUUUUGAUUCUUUGGAUGUUGGAUGGCAACUUCUUCGUAUCUUUCCUAAAGAAAUGUUAAAACGUAUUCCUAAGAAUAUAUUAGACGAAUUUUAUCCUCGUGAUAGUAAACAUAAUGCUAAUCCUCAGUCACAACCAAAAUAAUAAAGUAAUAUAACGAUUUCAUAAUGAAAUGCAGAUCUUUGACACAUCAAGACAACUGUUGUUAACUGUCCCAUGAAUACUUAUUUAAAGCAGACACUAUUGUUUCUGUUGACAGAAUUAAUUACAAACAUUCCAAAUUAUCUGUAAUAAAACAAACUUUCAACUUGUAAUUGAGCUAUUUUAUGUUAAUUAUUAUUGUAUAUUUCAUACAUCAGAACUGUUACAUAAAGAUAUGACAUGUUUUUAAAGCUAUAAUAUGCAAAUAUUUGAAGAUGUCUAAAACUUGUGUGAAAGUGCAAUAUUUUUAUAAUUAGUAUUAAGAGAACUCUUAAGUUUGGUGUAUAUAUAUAUUUUUUGAUUGUUACAUUUUUGAUUGAGAUUAUUUAAACAAUUAAAAAUACUUAUAUAUACCAAGACAAAAUGAUAUAGUUAAUCAGUAAUAAUUAAGCAAAUUUUAAACUAAGAAAAUUUUGAAAAUUUGAUUAAUAUUGGACUGGUUUAUUUAUUAUUAAUUUUCAAGUUGCUAAUGAUUAGACAGGAGCUUUAUAUUUUGAAAUGAUUAAUGGAAAUGUUAUUAAAUGGAUAUAUUAAGGGAUGAAUUGAAAUGACUUUUUCAGUUUUUUUUUACAUUUCGAAUUUAUAAUUAAAAGUUUGUUAUUAAAAUAAGAAUCUCUAAUCAUUAAGUAAAAGAACUGUACAAAUUAAAUUACUGUGUACAGGGAAAAAAAAAGAUUUAAAAAAAUAAAUGAUAUUUAUGAGUUUGUCAGAUUUUCAUUUUUAACUAAAAAUCUAACACACGCAAUUUUUUUUAAAGUUUUAAGUUUUGCAGAAUAAGAAUAGAGCCAAUGUUAAUAUGCGAGUAUUUAUGACUACUUCAGGCUUCGGCCGGCCAAUUCCAACAAUCGUUAGUCAGUUCGAGGAAGAAAGUCACCAAAGCUGAAUGUUUUGCAGAGCUAGAUCAUACCAAUUCUAACUCAUGUUAUUAUCACUGUAAAAAUCUCUUUAGUUGAAGUAGAAAAAAAAUAAUUUCAAAAACAAUGAGAAAAGAUAAUCACUGUUCAAAUACCUUUAAGUUCAAAAAUUAUACGAAAACAAUGCUUUUCCAGUUGAAAAAAGCAUCAAAGAGAACAGUUGUUUACAGUUUGAAAAAUCAUACCUAUAAAAGAAAAAUGUAUUUAAAGUUGAAAAACGCAAGAGAGAUCUUUUUAGUAAACAGUUUAAAAAAUCACAUUGAAAGUAAAAAAUGAUUUCAAUGGUAGAAAAACACCUGCAAAGAUCCAUUAUAAAUACAUCUCAAGAAGAAAACACUUCAAUUAGUCGAAAAAUCACAUCAUUAAGGAAAGAAUCUUUUUUACUUAAUGAUGUGAUUUUUUCGAUAUUUUUUUCGCAGAGAAAAAAAAUAUCGGAAGAAACUUUUGCAAAGAAACUUUUCUAUCGCACCAUAUAAUCCAUACCUAGCUAACAUCGGGGAGAGAAAUAUUGCCUAUUCAGAAUACAAGUAAAUUGCGCGGUUAGUAGAAUCGCAAUUGCCGAAACACAGUCUAAAAGAA